AUGCCUGUAUGUCCUAAAUUGGAAGUAACAAACGUUUUAUUUAAGUACUUCAGGAAUUGAAAGUUGGAGGUCCAACCGACGCGAUUGUUGCCGUUCUAUGUACAGGAUGCUUAUGCUUGCACGUCUAUAAAGUCUCGAAGGAAUGGUGUUGCUCUUGUUGUUUUGGAAAUUUCACACGAAUUACUGUACUAUUUUUAUCGUGUGUGGGUGAAUCAGGUGUCUUAGUCGUCUUCGAUACUAUUUUCGAUAUCUUCGUAUUCCCUAAGCCGUUUCCUGGGCGAGAUUCGCGCUUAAACGAAGAACGGAGGUUAGUUUCGGCAGAUGUAUCGGGGUAUGUACUUAGUUUCUUUUUUUUUUUUUCACGAAACUGACAAAUGCAACAGGAUCACGUUACGUUAUCUUUGUUUAAUUUUUAAACGUGAUUUUUUUAUUUAGAUUACUCCCGAUUUUGUCCCCCCUAAGUUCGUUGGAUGUGUUAUUCGGAGAAGAAUAUUUUGUUAAUUAGUAAACAUACUUGUUCGAUCAUUUUUAAUAAUUUUUUUUUUUAGGCAGCAUUGAAUAA